UCUUCACUUCAUCACUACUCGCAAUAUAAAAAAGCUACACGGUUCAGCCAUGAUUCUAUAGCUUGUGGAGCCUCGUAAAAAAAAAAAACCAAACAAAACAAACCCGUCUGUCGUCUUCUGGAUCGGGUAUAAAUUAAUACAGUGCGACUCCACGCUUUGCGUCAAACUCUCCCGGCGUCGGAGUGAGAAGCGGAGCCGCAGCAGCAGCUGGCCGGUCUUCGGGGGGUGGGGGAGAGAGCCGCUGGAGGAAGAGGAGCAAGCUAAGUCGGGCGUGGUAGCUAAAAACAAAAAAAGGCAUUUUGUUUGCAAAACUUGAGGAAAAAAAACCCUCACGAUUCACUAUGUCGCUGUCGGUACCACAGAAUGGAGUAAAGGCGGAUAACGAACCGGUUAUCGAGCUGUUUGUGAAGGCAGGAAGUGAUGGCGAGAGCAUCGGGAACUGUCCAUUCUCCCAGAGGCUCUUCAUGAUCUUGUGGUUGAAGGGAGUCGUCUUCAACGUCACCACAGUCGACCUCAAGAGGAAACCGGCAGACCUCCAGAACCUGGCCCCAGGCACACACCCACCCUUCAUCACCUUCAACGGCGAGGUCAAGACUGAUGUCAACAAGAUCGAAGAGUUCCUCGAAGAUGUCCUCAGCCCACCCAAAUUUAUUAAACUUGGUGCCAGACAUCCUGAGUCCAACACAGCUGGUAUGGACAUCUUUGCCAAAUUUUCAGCCUUCAUUAAGAACUCAAAGCCAGAUGCCAACGAGGCUCUGGAGCGUGGCCUGCUGAAGACGCUGCAGAAGCUUGACGAGUAUCUGCGCUCGCCACUGCCUGAUGAGAUCGACCACAACAGCAUUGAGGACAUCAAAGUCUCCAGCCGCAAGUUCCUGGAUGGAGAUGAAAUGACUCUUGCAGACUGCAAUCUGCUCCCCAAGCUGCAUAUAGUUAAGGUGGUGGCCAAGAAGUACAGAGGCUUUGACAUCCCUAAGGAGAUGACAGCAAUCUGGAAGUACCUAAACAACGCCUACUUGCGUGAGGAGUUCACCAAUACCUGCCCCAGCGACAAAGAAAUUGAGAUUGCCUACGGUGACGUGGCCAAAAGGCUGGUCAAAUAAGAUCCUGUGCCCCAAUACUGCUCCCUCCAUCAGUCCCUCUUCCCCAUCCUCCCCUCAUCUCCUGGCGGCGGGACUGGUCCAUUCAUUUAUGAGAAAGAAAAACUAUGGACUCUGUUUUUUCUCUUCUUCUAGAGCAAACCCCAAUGCAUGAACCCCACCCCCCCUCAUUUUGUCAGAUUUUAUUGAGGAUUGUGUAGAUUCAGCAAGAGUUACCGAUGGUCUAUCUUCCAUCUUUGAUUGCGUCCCCCCCCCUUUUUGCUGGUGUGAGGUGGUGUUAGCUGGAAGGGCAGCAGUGGAGCAGCCAGACGGUAGCAGUCUGCAUGUGUAUCAUUGAUCAGAGUUGGGGGGCCUCGUUGAUGCCCACCCUGGCAAAGUGACCUUCAAGCUGACCUUUCCUCUCCACACAGCUGAAAGGUCACAAAGCUAUCGUUUAAUUUCUUUUCUGUCUAAUGUUGAUUCACUCUCUUUACGAUCGCUCUGAAAUUUGACAAGCCGAUUUUUUUUUUUUGUCUUCGUCUAAUGAAGCAGUAUAAAAAACAGUGUUGCAAGUUUCAGUGUUUUUGGCUUUUGGUGUUUGAAAGGUUGGUUGCGCCGACACUAGCCCAAACCAGAAUGGUUGACAUGUCAAGUGAGAGAUGCUUUAUUUUAACGACUUGCUCAAAUAAAUCGAAAUAACUGUAAACUGCAGGUAAGGCUAUCUGGCAUCCAUGCUCUUAUUCCUCAUUGCCUUACAUUGGCAAAAAACAAAACAAACAAACAAAACAAAAAAAAAACGUUCUAGCUCACAUUAGUCGGUCUCUAGAAGAUUACCUGUACCAGCUGCAUAAGUCAUGUAUGUUCAACUCAGGAACAAAGUAUAGCCUGAGGUCUUUUUGAAAUAUUCAAGCGUAUGUAGCUUAUUGAACCAACCGACUUGAGGUUGUGCCGCAAUGCAAACUGUAGCCUCUCUUUUCAUCACGUUACUAUAAAAUAUGUCCAGAAAGACACCGACACACUGAGCAGAAAACCUCCGUUUACCAGAAAGGCAAGGCGACGCUGAGGCUAGAAGGGAAGCCCUGGCUUGCGUUGCUCCGGCGGUAGCAGUAGUUUGGAUUACACAUCACAGAUAAAAAAAAAAAAGAAAAAAGGGCACAUUAUUCUGGUCUCACUGUGGAUAGGAUGACGCCUGCUAUGUGCACUAGUGAGGCUCACAACCACAACCGCACGCGGAAGGAAGGGCACCAAGGUGCGGUCCGUUACAAGGAAAGGUGACACUAAAGAUAUUUAUGAGAAAACGAACAGGAGAGUAGUGAUGAGAUGGAGUUUCGUUUUUCUCUCCAGCAUGCGGAUUGAUCUCUGAGGUUGGCGAAUGUUUGUUAAUUCUACAGUAGCUCCAAAAGUGCUUUAGAGAAUCGAUCGUGAAAGACAUAAUUUUUUUUUUGUUUUUCCCCGUUUGCCAUCUUUUUCAGACAUUUGUUAUAAAACAAAUUUGAUAUAAAAAAAAAGGAAUUGUAAAUAUUUGUUUUGAUUGCUCAAGAGUUCAGUAUGUAAAUUUUAUACUUUGAUCUGUUUGAAUUUUGAGGGAAACAGAGGUCAUUUCUUGCCUGCUUGGAUUUUAAUCCUAUAAAAACAUCUCACCUUGCCUUACUUGUUUUCUCUUUGCGGAUGUUUUUUUGCAAAACAGUUUUUCAGAGAUCACUGCGUUGCAACUCAAAAGCGUCACUGUACAAAGAAAAUAUCCGAGCUAAGUCAUGGCUUUUUUUUUUUAACAAUAUUGACUGAAUUGAAAUAAACCUCUUAGCA